UCCACGAUGGCAUGUUAACGUGCCCAUUCCAUCCGGCAACAGGAAGCGACCACAUUGCUGCAUCAUGACACCAACGGCACUCUUAGCCUUAAUUGUAUUGGUGAUGCCGUCACCAAUCUGGACACACUCAAGGGGUAUCCACCUUAGCUGUCCACAGGAUGGUUGGAACCUCUUGGAUGGCUCCUGUGUCAAGUUGCUGAAGGAUCAUAUACAGGGAUGGAAAGCAGCCCAGUCCUUCUGUCAAAGUGUUGGAGCACGUCUGGUCAGGCUGGAUGACCAUUGGAUGACACAGAUGGCUGGAGAGCUGGCCGAAGUCUCCAACUUUUGGAUUGGAUUCAGCACAAAUUCACAGAAGCAGUCCACAUGGGCAGAUAACUCUGUCAGCUCUCCGUCUGUGGGCUUUUGGUCAGAUGGGUUUCCUUACCCUGCUGAAGACAAGUGUGUCUAUGUGACAAAUUCAUCCGGGUUGUAUUUGUGGAGUGAGGGGUCCUGUGAUUUACUGAUGAACUACAUGUGUCAGCGCUCUGCCUGCUCACAAGGUUCAUUUCACUGUAGCAGAGACGCCUGUAUUAAUGAGAAGUGGGUGUGCGAUGGGGUUGAUGACUGCAGGGAUUACUCAGAUGAACUUGGAUGCAGUUCAAGAUGUUCAUAUCAUCAGAAAGGCUCUGCGGGAACCAUCACACAGGGUGACCUGUCACAGGAAAUCUGCUAUUGGUUAAUUGAGGGACCAAUGGGAUCUAACAUCAAGCUCAAUAUCUCCUCGGUAAGCCCUGAUUUUAGCCUGGGUGAUUUGCUAAUAUUUGCUGGUGGAAGGACAGAGGCCUCCUCCAAACUGCUGUCCAGAGUACCCCCUGGCUCCAUCCCCCUUGAGAUCUGGAGUGCUAGUAAUCUUGUGUUCAUCAAAUACAACAAAGGAUCACAGAUCUCUUUUAUUACGGCUGAGUGGAUGGCUAUUAGUGUGGAGGCAGGGAAGUCUGGUCCAUUCUUACAGAGCUUAACGGCAGGUUCAGUAGCCUCCACUGUGUCAGUUCAUGGGACAGGUGUAGCUCUGGGUGGUCAGGAAUUUGUCUGGGUGAUGACAGCUGAAGCACCCCGUAAACUGGUUACCAUAGUGUUUGAGGAUUUCCAGUUGGUUGAUGGUGAUCUAGUUGAAGUGAUUGACGGUAAUAUGCUGGAGGCCCCAGUCCUGGUCCACUACCCCUCCAGCAUAACACAGCCGCAUGUCAUAAUAUCAACUGGGAAAAAUGUACUGGUGCAUCUUAAAACUGGAGUCUAUUCUCCAGCUCGAAAAUUUAGGUUUUCCUACAAACAAGGAUGUGAUGUUAUGCUGACAUCUCACUCUGGCAUCAUUACCUCCCCUGGCAACUUUGUUCGCAACUAUCCUGCAUUCCAGAGAUGUAGAUACUACAUCAGGCCACCCACAAAUGUUACCCUUUAUUUGGAGAAGGAAGAAUUGAGAGAUGGUGAUGUACUCAAGGUAUAUUCAGGGUUGGAUGAGAGUGGUUAUUUGUUUAACACCUCAGAACAGAAUAGUGAAAGCCCCAGAGGGUUUGCCUCAGACAAGCUGUACCUUGAGCUAAAUACCAACUAUGGAAAUAACUCAAAAGGCUUUAAAGCCUCCUUUUCUGUAGACUGUGAGAAGCCAAAUUUCAACCUGCACACAACACCCAGUUCAGAUAACAAGUAUUACAAGUCUAAAUUACGGAUAACCUGUGACAAAGGCUAUCACUUCAGGGAUGAGAUGUAUCAGCCUCAAAGAACUGGCAUAACUUACGUGGAAAUGGAAUGUCAGUUAGGAGGAAAUUGGAAUAUUCAUGUCAUUCCUCAGUGUACACCUGUGUACUGCGGCUUGCCACAGUCAGUAGAUAACGGUUAUGUGGAGACAUCAACUGGUGUUGUGUUUGGCAAAGUGACUACAUACAACUGUUUUGAUGGUUAUACUCUGGCUCAUCACAACCCAAGCAUCUGUGAGUCGGAUGGCAGGUGGACAGACCCUCCAGCAUGUAUAGCUUCAAACUGCUCAGCGCUUGAAAAAGUAGAGAAUGGCAACAUGACUGUAGAUGGAGAUGGGUCCAGUUAUUCCACAGUUGUGGAGUACACCUGUCAGGUGGGGUUUGAGAUUAUUGGAGCAAACCGUAUCUUCUGUACAUCUGGUAGCACCUGGUCACACCCCUCUCCUACAUGUUUUAAGGUACAGUGUCAAGUACCAGAGAAGAUCAUGAAUGGUUACAUUUCUGCACCAGAUGAGACGUAUUUCGGUGAUACCAUCGAUGUGAGCUGUGACUCGGGAUAUAGAUUAUCUGGUCCCGCUACUCUUAGCUGUCAGGCUAACCAGCAGUUUGGGAAUAUUCCAGAGUGCAUUGAUAUUGACGAAUGUGCCCAAGAUCAGCUGAAUAACUGUACAGGAGUGGCCAUGUGUGAGAACGAGCCUGGGAUGUACAGCUGUGCUUGUCCAUCAGGUUACACGCUGAAUAACGACAGCCUCUCCUGCUCUGAUGUAGACGAGUGUUCAGGCAAACAUUAUUGCAGCAAUGGAAGAUGUGUCAACAAUGAUGGGUCGUACAGCUGUGAGUGUUUUCAUGGCUUCGAGCUCUUCAGCAGCCCAGAUAUGGAAGGUUACACCAUCCCAGUCUCAGAAAAUGGAUAUCGGCCUGGAGAUGUGUAUUAUAUCAACCACACUUGUGUCAGAGUGAUUUGCCCCACCCCUCCUGUCCCAAACAAUACAUUGCCACUGACUGGUCAGUCACAUUAUGGGUUUGGGGACUGGAUCAGGUACAUGUGUAAACUGGGGUAUGUCCUUAGUUUUGGAGUGACGAAUCGAGAGUGUCAGGCUGAUGGCACCUGGUCCAUGGACCCACCAGUCUGCUCAGUGGCCAGGUGCCCACCGGAGGUGAUUCCUGACUGGGUGCAGAAUAGUCCUCGAGUCUCCCCAGGCAGUGAUGUUGACUACUUGAAUUCGGUCACUUUAACCUGUAACAUACCCGGGAUGGAUUCUCCAGUCAUUAAACACAGAACGUGUCUGUAUGAUCAAAUGAUGAAUACCUAUCGCUUCUUUGGUGCCCCAUUUGAGUGUGGCUAUAUUGACUGUGGUGAACCAGAGGUGAUGUCAGGAGCUAAAGAUUAUAGAACCCAACUCAACAACAGCACAAUCUAUGGCCAGAGUUUCCAGGUGGAGUGUCUGCCUCUAUUCACAGUGGAUGGGGAAAGCUCAUUGGGAAACAGAACAGUGACUUGUUUGAAGUCUGGUACCUGGGGGUUUAACACACUUCGUUGUUUAGGUGAAAUUUGUAGUGACCCAGGACGCCCUCCUGAUGCUAUCCAGGAGGCUUCUGGCUAUGAGCAGGGUAAGAAGGUGUCCUACAAAUGUACCAGAGAAGGAUUUGAGCUGAAUGACACGACUCCAUUGAGUUGUGUCCAGGAUCCAACUGGUACAACACUUCACUGGGAUCACCCAGUUCCUUUCUGUAAAGAUAUGGAAAAGCCAAAGUUUGACAGUUGCCGAAAAUAUAUUGAGAUUGACCAGUUUGAAGCACCAGGGUUUGAUGAGCCCUUUGCCAUUGACAAUUCUGGCCUGGUGUCUGUGUUCAUUGUGCAACCUGAGGGAUUCUCACCUGAGCACAAACUGGCCGACAGCGUGGAGGUCACGUACCACGCAUCCGACGCCACUGGAAACACUGAAGACUGUCAGAUCAGUGUUCAUGUCAGAGCUUUUCAGCGACCAGAUAUAACCUGCCCAAACACGGAGGAGGUGCUCUACCCACAUAUGACUGCUGACGUUCCUUUGAGUAAAGAUCUCGUUAACACCUCUGGAGUGGAUAUUGAGGUCACCCUGUCACCUUCCAGAAUCACCCCUUCAGACAUUGGCAAAUAUGUGACAGUGCAGGCAUGGGCAACAGAUAAAUACAACAGGGCAAAGUCCUGUAGUUUUCAAGUUCAUGUGAAGUACACUGUAUGUGCAGAGCAGCAGAUUGCCAUUCCUGUCAAUGGUGAUAGGCAGUGUAAGCCUCUGUCAUCAGUCAGCCCGACAAGCCUCUCUUGUUCUCUGACAUGUAAGCCAGGCUUCACCUUCUACCAGGACGACCUUGAAGGGAGCUUUAAGACAAAUUGUACAGAUGGCACUGGUCAACCACAGUGGACCAACUCUGAAACACCCAAUUGUGUCUCAAUUAGUGACAGAGCUCAACUAGAGGACGUGUUUCAGUUUGAAUACCAGCCAGAUCAACCCAUGCCAGAUGACUGCAUUGAUCAGUACAGGGUUAAGCUGGUGCAGUUGUUCACACGUCUGCAGGAGUUUGUGUCUGAAAAGUGCUCAUCUCUCAUAGGGGUUCCACUGAAUGCCCAAAAUUCCAUCAGUGCCACAGCUAAUGGCAGCAAGGUUUUAGUCCAUCUUACUGUACAGUACUCACCCAUUAAUGAAAGCAGUGAGCGUAUUAAGUUUUGCUCCGAUACAGUGACUGACUUAUUGUCUACGAAGGGUAUCAACCCAGACUUGGAUUACCUGCACAUGGUAGAGGCAGUAUCUCAGAAUUCUCUUUGUCCUGUGGGUUGGUAUUCAGCAUCUGGCCUCCCCCCAUGUACCGAGUGUCCUCACAACACAUUCUGGACAAAUAGCACAUCAUGUACCCAUUGUCCUGUUGGGGAGAAGACACUGGCCACUGGAUCACAUAACAUCACACAGUGUAUUGCGGCCUGCCCAAUGGGCACUUACUCUGCCAAUCAGGGCCUCCAGCCCUGUACAGAAUGCCCGCGUGGGUUUUACCAGGAUCAGGGUGGCCAGACCACCUGUAAGGCUUGUCUUGAAGGUUACACCACUAACUCAACAGGCGUAGUCAUGGCCAAAGACUGCUUCAAUGACACUGUGCGAGUUGCAAAUACCACCAUUCCUGCAAAAGUGCUCUUCAAGACAGCAGAUCAGCAGGAUUUGUCAGCUGGGUGCAUGGAAGCACUUCACAUUGCUUUUGAUGCAUGUGAGGUGCAUGUGUCUGAUGAGGUGGAGAGAAUACCAGAGGUUAUGACAAGUUGUGGGAAUGUAGACAUAAACAUAAACAAUGAUCAGCUUUGGAUGCAUCUAGGAAAUCAGGCAUCAGUGGAGUUUCAACUGAGUGUUAGCACAGCAAAUCUUGAUCUUUGCAAGGCAGCUGUGAACAAAAACUUUAAUCAGACACUGGAGAUGGAGUGUGACACUCUGAAUUUGACUCGGAGGGAAAUAGGCUGUCCUGUGGUACAUUUGGAAAAUAUCCAAUCAACUGACAACUGUCCACCUGGAUACAAGCAAGAGGAGAACAUGUGUUUUCCUUGUCCACCUGGUACAUACUACGAAGGAAGAGACUGCAUUCCCUGUCCAUUACAUGAGUACAACGACAUGGAGGCUCAGGCAGCAUGUAAAUCUUGUCCUGUUUCCAAAGGAACUAGACAGACGGGUAGCACUGUAUCGAGUCAGUGCAAAGCAUUUUGUUUGGGCCCAUAUACGUCUGAGACUGGUCUGCCUCCAUGCAAUGAGUGUCCUAUUGGUUACUAUUUUGUUAACCGCACAACCUGUGAGAAGUGUCCUGAUGGUACCAGCACGGAAAACCCUGGGGCCCAAGUCCGGGAUCAGUGUGUGGGAAUGUGUCCCAGAGGUACCGUCUCUGUCAGUGGACUGGUACCUUGCUAUGAAUGUCCUCCAAACUAUUUCCAAAGUGCCAUAGGAAAGAGUACUUGUGAAGAGUGUCCUGAAAAUACAACAACAACCACGUAUGGCUCAACCAGUGCAGACGAUUGCAAGGAUGCUGCUCUUGUGUACUGUAACCAGUCUCUGUGCGCUAAUGGUGGUAGCUGUAUUUCAAAGGGAAAUGGCUAUAUGUGCAAAUGCCCAGAAGGGUUCUUUGGAGACAAUUGUCAGCAGGAGAAGCUGUUCUAUGGAGAUGACUGUCAGUUUGAGCGUAACGAUUGUGGAAGAGAAGAGAGAUGUGUCAAUGGAGGGAUGUGCCAGGAUUUGCUAGGGAACUUCACCUGUCUCUGUCCAGCAGGAUUCUCGGGCAGACGAUGUGAGCUGCCGAUAAAAGUGUGUGAGCAGUUUCCUUGUGUCAAUGGUAGCUGCCAGGAUUUGGGUGGUGUCCGCAGGACUUGUUUCUGCCUGCCGGGGUAUACAGGCGAAGAUUGUGAUGUCAGCAUAGAUGACUGUGCCUCAUUGCCUUGUCUGAAUGGAGGUCGCUGUUUAGACGCCCUGAACAACUAUAGCUGUGAGUGUCUGCCAGGCUUUGAGGGCAGGCAUUGUGAACAACGCUUAGAUCUGUGCCUGGGCCAGAACUGUAAUAGCUCUGGCCAGUGUAUAGAUGACCAUGUGAACAACACCCAUGUGUGUAUUUGUAAAGAUGGCUAUCAACCAAUAGAUGCGAACUGGUCCAGCUGUAGUCCUGUGGAUGGAUGUAGCUCUAAUCCCUGUACUGGGAUGGGCAGUACAAAAUGUUCCAAUUCUGGCCCAGGGAUGUAUGGCUGUGUGUGCAAGGAGGGAUAUGGAGGCUCCUUAUGUCAGCACAAUUUGGAUGACUGUGGCUCAUGUCAGAAUGGAGCCACAUGUGAGGACCUUGUGGCUGACUACAAAUGCCACUGUGCUGACGGGUUUGAAGGUAAGGACUGUGAUGUUAAUAUUGAUGACUGCGUCAACCACGGGUGUGACUUGGAGGGGACUUUCAACUGCACAGAUCUGAUCAACAACUACCUGUGCAACUGUAAACCAGGGUACAGCGGCAAAAACUGCUCAGUGAAGGUGAAUGAGUGUGAAAGUUUCCCUUGUAAACAUGGAGGUAAUUGCACAGACCGGGUGAAUGGCUUCUUGUGUGAGUGUUUGCCUGGCUGGCAGGGUAAGCAGUGUGAAGAGGCGACCAACAGGUGUGAGGAAUCUCCCUGUCAGAACAAGGGAGAAUGUGUCAGCAUAUUCAACACCUACUUCUGCAGAUGUAGCGGCAAUAAGACAUACGGAGGACAGUGUGAGUUUCCCCCAGGUGGAUGCACCAGUGUCCAGCCCUGUCUGAAUGGUGGUCAAUGCUCUGAUGAUGAUGACACAGUUGUCUGCUCCUGCCCACGGCAAGGCGUGGCAUACACAGGUAAUGGGUGCGAGAGCCGGGCAGAUCUGUUUCGGGAUGGCAGCUGCCAAAAUGGAGGAUCACCUGUGGUAUCUCCAUCAGGAACACUUACCUGUUCAUGUAUGUCAGGCUACACUGGAACCCUGUGUGACAUCAAUGUGGAUGACUGCCUGCAUAAGACUUGUCCUGGAGGGCUUUGUGUUGACGCUGUGAACACGGCUUUCUGCAGGUGUCCCGUGGGGUGGACAGGUGACACGUGCUCAGAAGCUAUUGAUGUGGAUUAUGACCUGUAUUUCUACUCCUCAACCAAGACCGGCCAAGCAUCUCUACCUUACCCAAUAGCCCUAGAUUUGGCAUCAUUUACAUUCUCCUUUUGGGUCAGGUUUCAAGAAGCGGAUUCCACAGGAACUUUUUUCAUGGCAUUUAAAGUCAUGAAAGGGAUGAAGUGCCCUGGAAAGUUAGUACAGGUCAGCACUGAGGGCUUGACGCUCUCUAUCCCCAGUGUGAGUCCCUUCCCCAUCAGAUAUUCAAACGUCCUGAGGGUGAACGAUGGACGCUGGCAUCAUGUGACCAUAGACAGUCACUACGAACAGGGUGCCUACAAUGUCCGCUUUACCACAGACGGGUCAACUGUAGGCACCAAAUCCAUUGCCACGGAUGUUAGUCCACUGGAUGAAUCCAUUUGGAUUACCCUGGGGAAUGAGUAUGAUCCCUGCCUUGAGAAGCCAGUGGAUGGACAAGGGUUUAAUGGGUACAUUAGCCAGGUGAACCUGUACAACAGGGCAUUAGACUUCGACACGGAGAUUCCACUGAUAGCCGAGAACACCACUGCAGUUCUAGCCGGAGUGGUGUUACGCUGGGCAGAGUUUUGCACUCUUCCCGGGAGUGAACAAGGUACAGGGCAGCUCUGCUACACCCAAGGACGAGAUAUGUCCCAGAAGGCUUUACUGGUCUGACAUGCUCAAUACGCACAUACUCAGAUAGGAGCAUGCCCCAGAUGCCAAUGUGCCCGUCCAAUGUGGAGUUGUACUCAGAGGACAGAGUGACCACAGUACACUGGGAACCCCCACCCACAACAGAAAAUAUCCACCUGAGAUCGAGCGCCGGGACGGGUGAGAGUUUCUUGUGGGGUCGCCACUUGGUUAUUUACGAGGCUAAAAAUGAUGAGAAUUCCACAGCCAUCUGUUCUUUUAUUGUUUUUGUCAAAA